AUGAGCUUCCUUCGCAACAGGAAGUCAACAACACAAUGUUGGAAGCGAGCAGCUGAAGGGGAGAUGCUCUCAGCAAUGCACGUUCGAGGAGGUUGCAGCUCGACCAGACAAGCUGAGCACCCAGUGGAGCAGGAGUUCGCGAUCCCGAUGAAGAGAUUGAGGAUGGGAGGAAGCGAGGAGCAGGAGGAGCAGGAUCAGCAGCAGCGAGAGCAGCAGCAGCAGCAGCAGCAGCAGCAGGAGCUAAGCUUGAGCGGGCAGCAUUUUUUCGGCGAUUCAAUGUACCAGGGCCUUCAAUUCCAUGACCCCCUGCAGCAUUCUCCUACAGGAUUCCUUGAUCAAGGAGAUGGGCUGACUACCCUUGUGCAUGAAGAGGACUGUGCAGUUCCUGAUGAGUUCCCAACAGAGAUCAACGUAGAGGUUGAAGCAGCGGAAAACAUCACCGCCGUGCAUGAAACCUCGAACUCUACAUCUAAGAGAAGGAACGCCGGGCCCAAGAAGAAGAAGGUUCCAGCAACUGUGAGCUUCACGGAGCCGACGGCAAGUGAAGUUUACUGGAAAAUGGGAGAGCAGUACAACGUCUCGUACACCAGCACAGGACAUUGCAAGGAAGUGUCUGUCUUGGGUUUCUAUCUCUUCAAGGGAAGCAACUUCAUGGCAACUCUCGGGGGAAAGAUGUAUUCUCGGCCGCACAUCCCUGGGACUGUCAAGUCUGUAGAAUCCUGCGACUUGUUCGAUGUGAUUGAGAUGUAG